CCGUCUCGUUCGCGCAAUGCCCCGGCAACUGUCAGUUUGUUCGUCCGCCGAAAAUGAAGCAACAGUGUUGGUUACAACCCGGGGCGAGACGUCGCCUAAAGUGUUGCGCGUUCCAUUUUCAAAUCGCGACUUUGACGUUUGGUGGAACUUUUUCAGUUUGAAACGUUUCAGUGUUGGAAAUAUUUUUUAAAUUGGAAUUUUUGUGCUUUUCAAAUGAGUUGUUCGUGUGUUUGAAGUUGCGACUGGACUUUUUAGGGGUAGUUUAGUUGUCUUAUAAUGGAAAUGUCUUUGCCGAACGGAGUGGAUGUGUCUCAGCUGGUGCAGCACCCAGUCCUGGCUGCUUUGCCUCCAUUCUUCCUCAGAGCCUCGGAAAGAUAUCAGUUGUUUUCGCAGAGGACCCCAAAAUGCGCUCGCUGCCGCAACCACGGCGUGGUCUCCGCGCUGAAGGGACAUAAGCGCUACUGCCGCUGGCGCGAUUGCGUGUGUGCGAAGUGCACGCUCAUCGCAGAACGGCAACGGGUCAUGGCAGCACAGGUGGCGCUCCGGCGACAACAGGCGCAAGAGGAGAACGAGGCGCGGGAGCUGAACCUGCUCUACGCCGGGCAGACCGCGCCGCACCACUACUCCGACGUGCCCGACGACUCGCCUGUUCAAAAGCGCGCGCGAAUCACUGAGGUCUGCUCCAGCCCCUCCCCCCCUGCCGAACAGCCCCCGGACUCCAAGACCCCCGCCCCCGCCUCCCCUCUCGCAACCUCACCCCCUCGCUCGCCCUCCGACCACGAGCUCAACGUCGAAGAAGAACUCGAGGACCACUCCGAAACAUCCCUCACUCCCGAAAACCUCUCCAUGAAAGAACAAAGACCAGAAGAGUUAGCUGUAAAGAAGGAAGACGAAGAGAAAUGGGAGAACUCAAACCAAGACUUCAAGUACAAAAUGUUCCGACGCAAGCCCGAGUCGUUGCCUGAACCGGCGCAGGAGGAGACCCCGUACCAAAAGUCGCCAGUCGACGUCCUCAUCAAGGUCUUUCCUAGACGCAGCCGGCAGGAGAUCGAAGCGAUGCUCGCUAGAUGCAAAGGUGACGUGGUAGCGGCCAUGGACAUGAUGUUAAACGGCACCGCUGAAAGCAACAGCACUCCUUACAACAUCGCUCAGGAAUCGCCCCCGUAUUUACAGAACUACCAAUCGAAAUCUGCAUUCUCUCCUCUCUCAAACCAGAGUUUUAAAUUCUCUCCGUCGAGGAGGUUUCUGACUCCUCCUUACAGUGGCACAGGGUACCUCCCGACGGUGAUCAGGCCUCCGCCCGAGUACCUCUCGUCUUUCAUGCCCCCUUCAGAGCUGAUGUACGGGCGUCAACUCCAAGUCCCAUCUCCCGGGACUUCCCCUACUUCAGACAAUACUAACAACGAAGGUUUUUCUGAUUAGGGGUACCCGAAAUACUGGACGGUGCUGUAACCGGCCUUUGCGACGUAUACGACUCAUAAAGCUAAAUAUUCUACAACGGUUGUAGUACGAGUACAACCGAGUGUAGAGUAGCAAGUUAGUUCAUAGAUGAUUGUAAAUACAGUUUUAUUCUUAAAAGCAUAAAUUCAUAUUGUUUAAUAUUCUGAUAGAAAUAUAAAAUCAAAAUAUUAUAUUAGUGGUAACUUUCUUUUCUAGAAUAAGUUAUUGAAAUGAGAUUUUUCGAAGAAGCAAUUAUAUUGUAUUGUAAAUUAUUUAAUUAAUUCAUAGGUCAGAGAUAGAACACCUUGUCUUUUAUGUAU